AUGGCUGACUUACUCCAGAAAGCUAUUCAAUCGAUGUCGUUGGAGGAGGAAGAACCUCUGACUCUACCGGAUAGCCCGAGGUUUAGAGUUUUUGAUGAAAACGAAACAAGCUUGUUGGGGAGGCUCUUAAACCCAGAUUGUCAGUCUAUGGAGAGGAUGAUAGAAUACAUACCAACAGCUUGGAGGGUUUAUGGGAGAGUGCGUGGUAUCGCCCUGUCUCGGGACAGAUUCCAGUUUGUGUUUCAGCGGGAAGAGGAUCUUGUGACAGUGUUGAAAGAUAGGCCAUGGUCUUACAACCAUUGGACUAUGGUUCUGGAGCGUUGGACAGCAAAUCCACCAGCAAGCUUCCUACAGUCUAUGUUGAUUUGGAUCAGAAUGCGUCACAUCCCAGUCAACUUUUUUACGGUUGAGACCAUGCACAAGCUGGCCUCCGAAGUUGGCAAAGUUGUUGAAGUAGCCUAUGAUCCUAAGGUAUCUCAUACUAAGGAUUACAUAAGGGCUUUGGUGUUAUUCGAUACCAAUAAUCCUGCAAAAGCUUCGCGUAAACUCACGAUUAAAGGAGGGACUGUAACAAUUGAGUUUGACUACGAGAGAAUUCACAAGCGAUGUUUCCAUUGCCUACGCUUGACGCAUGAGAAAGCUAAGUGUCCUUUCCUUAAAAAGGGCCUUAACAGAGUGCAGUCGGUUGUUGAGGUGCCAAGAGUGGAACAUAGAGGUCCGGUGCUGACCGAGCCGUUGAGUGGUCCUCCAGGCUUUCCACUCAUGUUCCCAGAGCUUUCAGGGGAAGAUCGUAAAAUGGCAAUGCUCUAUAUAUCACACGCCGAUCCUACUGAGCGACUGGCUAGGAUUGAAAGAGUCAAGCAAGGGAUAGCUGAGAACACUGCAGCUUCAUCAGUACACUUAACGCGCAUUACUAAAGAGCUGGACAAAGGAAAAGGGCCUGUCUUCUCCUACACGGCACUCCUGGAAUCUCAACAUCGACAACUCCCUUCAGAUUGCAGCUCCCCGGUCUCACAAUGA